AAUGAAUCAUGAGCUUUUACCGGCGAUGCAUCGAUAAGCGUUGUAUCCUGCGUGUGGUGUGAUAUCACGGCAACUCUACGUACCGAGGCCCACGUGUUGCCGAAGUUAUUGAUGGCAACAGUGGGCGCAUAAUAACUGGUCCGACUCAACCAAACGUUCAGUUACUGAUUGUCCGCUACGUAGUGCGCGUGUCGCUUAUACUUCGGAGCCGGUACCGAGCGGGAGCACACACGAUAAUACGCUCUUCAUAAACAGUCUACGGUCUGAUUUAACAUUAAUUGAACUCGAACUGGUGCGAAAGUUGCGGUGUAUAACAAGUUGGAUGGACGUUUCGAAUAUCACAUAGUGAAACACUGAAAAUUCUACGAGUGCAGAAUAUUAGAGAGAGCAUGCUGACAAGGUGGUUGACGCUGGCAUUAGUGGCAGCGACGUGGCGAGCCGCCGACUCCUGCACCUGUGCACCUGAACAUCCACAGACACACUUUUGUAAAAGCGAUUUCGUGAUCGUUGGUCGUGUACAAAAAUUGUUCAGAGGAAAUGACACUUACGACGCGUACAAAGUGAAAAUUCGAAACGUUUACAAAGCAACCACAAAAGCAGCUGUAGCACUUAAAUCCGGACGAAUAUUAACGCCGCCUCAGGAAUCAUUAUGUGGCGUUACUCUACAACCAAGAGAGACCUAUGUUAUAACAGGUCAAGUAAUGCACCUACAAGCACACAUACACCUCUGCGGAUACAUCAACAAAUGGCGGGAUGUGACACCGAGACAGCGAAAAGGCUUCAGACUAUUAUACAAACAGGGUUGUACUUGCAAGGUGCAUGUAACUCGGCGUCGCACAAAAUCGCCCAACACGUGCGUGACGAACUACGACGACUGCUUUGAGAGGCACGGAAUCUGUCUGCAUGAUCGCGACCGACGUUGCCGUUGGACCAGGGCUCCAGCUCUCACGAGGUGUCUGCAGAAACCACACUUCAACAGUACUAUGACUUGAUUCAUGCUGCCGACUCGAUGCAAUUUAAACAUUAUUUGUAACAAACAUUUGUAUAUCUCGACCAACAUUUGAAAAUUCCGAUGUUACCUUUGUUUUCUACUAAUAAUUCAUGAUAUCGAAACAAACAUGAGUUACUAAGCCGAAAAUUUUCAUUUUAACACGCCUACUAGGUUAUUAUUUUAUGUGAUGCCGGCGGCCCAGUAACAGAUGUUUGAACCAACUUUGUAGCGUAGUGAUUUAUUGCAAAUAUGAUCUGAAUUGUCUUGGGGCAUCCUAACAAUUUAUUCAAAACGAUUACGAGCUUUUUAUACGAAAUGCAGGCAGCAUGCUAUGUGGCUAUGAAUCUGAUUAUUGUGUGUAUGUCGACGCUGGGAAUUACAUAGUUAAAGGUAUUUGGAAUGACGAAUUUAUUCGCAAAUUCUAUUAUUUGUUAUCAUUUUGAUUUUUCUAACUAAAAACUGAAAUUGUUGACUGUCUAUGCGAAGAAGAAAAAUUCUAACGUUAUUUGUAUUAUUUAUUUUAAGUUAUAUUUUUUUAUGUUUAAGUUAAAUCUGUAAAUUAACAAAAAUUAGUUGUAAUUAUUAAAUAAAAUAAAGACCUGAG